AUGUCGUCCACCGCCAACAUCGUCUACUACGAGGACCUGCACCCCGCCAAACCAGCCGCUCAGAAGUCCGAGAAUGCGUCGACAACGCCGUCUGCGUCCCAGGAGAAGGCCGGCGCGUCGUCGGGCGCAACCACGGCCGGUGUUAAGCGCCAGCGCACGCUUAACGAUAUGUUUGGCGCCCCAAAGAAGAGCGCCGGCGCUGAGAAGGAACCUGCGGCGAAGAAAUUGCGGAUGGCUGGUAGUUCGGGCGCUGUGGCGCCCGCGAAGAAUACGAACACCGUACAAGCGCUCGGCAGCACACCACUAAAUUCGAUUCCGUUCAACCCGAGCGCUUAUGUGGCGGCGCUAAGCGCAGACCAGAAGAGGCUUCUUGCAUUGGAGGUGGCGACGAUGGGCAAAAGCUGGCUGAAAGUCCUCAAAGACGAGAUCAAGAAGCCGUACUUCUUGCAGCUCAAGGAGUUCCUGUGGACUGAGGGCGUGCAUGGACCCGACGAGGACUACACACGCCUCAAGAUCUACCCCUCGCCCAAGAAUAUCUACUCGUGGUCGAACUUUACACCUUUGGGCAAGGUCAGAGUCAUGAUCAUCGGUCAAGAUCCGUACCAUGGUGCUGGUCAAGCACAUGGUCUCUGCUUCUCCGUGCCCAAGGGAGUUUCCGUACCACCAUCUCUACGCAAUAUCUAUGCAGAAAUCAAGGCGGAAUAUCCCUCAUUCGUACCGCCUAAGCAUGGGAACCUCGUGUCAUGGGCCAACGCAGGAGUUCUGUUGCUCAACACAGCGUUGACCGUGCGCGCGGGUCAAGCGGGUAGCCACGCAAACAAGGGUUGGGAGACGUUCACUUCGCGUGUCGUGGCGGCCGUAGACGCAUACGGUGGUGCAUCGCUGGGAGACGCGAAGAAGAGCGGGAAGGGCCGGGGCGUUGUUUUCCUGUGCUGGGGAAAGUGGGCUGCUGAGCGGGUGGCUAAACUUGACAAAAAGAAGCAUUUGAUUCUUCAGAGUGCGCAUCCGUCGCCGAUGUCAGCCCAUCGCGGCUUCCUUGGAAAUGGCCACUUCAAGUCCGCCAACAACUGGCUACGCGAGCGCUAUGGUCCCGAGGGCGAGGUUGAUUGGUGCAGUGUUGCCAAUCCGGACCCGCCCGCAAUCACUGCUCCUGCGCCUUCUGCACAAGCGUCCUCUCCGCCCCCAGCUCCGCCUUCCUCGCCUCCGCGUGAACCCUCACCGGAACUGGCUGUCACGCCGCCGCCCGAGCCUGCGGGUGAUGAAGCGGAGAUGGACAGGCUCGACGCGGAGCCGGUCACUGUAGCGGCUGAUGCCGAAGCUGCUACUGCCGAGGCUAGUACAGAUGUUGAGGACGAGCUUGCUGGUCCACCAUCUGAAGCUGAGGCGUAG